AUGGACAGGAAGAAGAUUGAUCUUACUCCGUUGAAGAAGGCGAAUGUCCCCAUAUUCUUCAUCGUCGGUGGGCCAGGUUCUGGGAAAGGAACUCAGUGUGAAAAAAUUGUUGCGAAAUAUGGUCUUUCACAUCUCUCAUCGGGAGAUCUUCUUAGAGAUGAGGUCAAAUCUGGCUUACCGAGAGGUGCGAAACUCGAUAAGAUCAUGAAGGCCGGCGAAUUGGUCCCACUAGAGGUCGUGUUGGAUUUAGUAAAGGAAGCCAUGCUCAAAGAAGUUGCCAAAGGCUCGAAAGGAUUUUUAAUCGAUGGCUAUCCACGUGACGUGAAGCAGGGAGAGCAAUUUGAGCGUGAGGCAAGAUUGACACAGCUCAUAAUCCUCUUACAUGCCAUUGAGACGGCUAGUGCAAGCCAGUCACGCGUGCGGAUCCAAGAGGCAAAAAGUGUCAUCUUUUUCGAUGUGUCGGAAGACAUCCUCGUGAAAAGACUUCUGGGAAGGGCAAAGACCAGUGGACGUGCUGAUGAUAAUAUGGAGACUAUCAAGAAGCGUUUGAAAACCUUCACCACCGCCACCGCACCAGUGGUUAGCUAUUAUGAAAAGAAGAAGAAGCUGAUCAGGAUCAAAGCAGAUGGCACAGUCGACGAAAUCUUCACCGUAGUCUGUCAACAUCUGGACAAACAUGUUGCAGCGGCAAAUGGACGUGCUGAUGAUAAUAUGGAGACUAUCAAGAAGCGUUUGAAAACCUUCACCACCGCCUACCGCACCAGUGAUCAAAGCAGAUGGCACAGUCGACGAAAUCUUCACCGUAGUCUGUCAACAUCUGGACAAACAUGUCCCAGCGGCAAAAGUAGAGUUUCAUCGGAAGUCCUACUUGUUACUCCUGCUAGUUACUUUUAUAGGCCAGAUCUGCUACCUAUCCAGAGGAAGUCUAUUGAUUUGGGGCCUUUGAAGAAAGCAAAUGUGCCGAUAUUCUUCAUUGUCGGUGGCCCAGGCUCCGGAAAAGGAACACAAUGCGAGAAGAUCGUGGCCAGGUAUGGCUUAUCUCACCUAUCGUCUGGAGAUCUUCUAAGGGAUGAGGUCAAAUCGGGCUCACCAAGAGGAGCACAGCUCAACAAAAUCAUGGAAGCAGGAGAAUUGGUUCCUCUCGAGAUUGUUUUGGACCUGAUCAAAGAGGCAAUGCUAAAAGAAGUUGCCAAAGGUUCCAAAGGGUUUCUUAUUGAUGGCUAUCCUCGAGAGGUGAAACAAGGCGAGCACUUCGAACGUGAGGUAGGUUUUCUUUCAGCAGUUGCUACGGGAUGGCCUUCAUAUAUGGCUUUCCAGAUUCAAGAGGCGAAGUCAGUCAUAUAUUUUGAUGUUGCUGAAGAUAUUCUGGUACAACGACUUCUUCAUCGAGCUAAGACUAGUGGUCGUGCUGAUGACAAUAUGGAAACUAUUAAGAAGCGUCUAAGACUUUCACCAAUGCUACCGCUCCAGUUGUGGACUAUUAUGAAAAGAAGAAGAAACUUAUUAGGCAACUUUGUAAUUCCAGAUCAUCAUGGAACCAUCGACGAAAUAUUCACCGCAGUUCAGCAGCACUUGGACAAGCUAAUUCCAAAGUUGGAUGCUGCUGUGGAACGGAAAGCAAUAGACCUGACUCCGCUGAAGAAGGCCAAUGUUCCCAUAUUCUUCAUCGUUGGUGGUCCUGGCUCAGGGAAAGGAACACAGUGUAAAAAGAUCGUCGAAAAGUAUGGCCUAUCUCAUCUUUCAUCCGGUGAUCUGCUGAGAGAUGAAGUUAAAUCGGGAUCUCCCAGAGGAGCAAAGCUCAACAAAAUAAUGGAAGCUGGGGAACUGGUUCCUCUGGAAGUAGUUCUUGAUCUCAUCAAAGAAGCGAUGCUGAAAGAAGUUGCUAAAGGUUCCAAAGGCUUCUUAAUCGAUGGCUACCCACGAGAGGUUUAUCCUUCCUGA